AUGAGCCGAAGUUCGUUUAAAAAAGAAAGAGACAUUUUAUUCACACAAGAAGAUGCUUUUUGUUCAGAAAGAAAAUUUACUAAACAAGAAUUCGUUGAAUUACGACGUAAAGUGAUUUCCUGUUACAAAGUUCCACCAAAGCGUGGUACCGAGUUAUUAGAAAUGGUUCAAACAGAUGUGUUUUCAACGGGAUGUUAUGGUAUUGAUAAGCUAUUGCAGGGAGGAUUUCAUUCCGGAGAAAUUAUAGAAAUCAGUGGAGAAACAGCUACAGGCAAAACACAGAUUGCUUUCUCGACGACCCUUACAAUAUUGUGUACAAAUAAAGAUAACAAAGUCUUAUUCAUUGACACUGUUUCUACAUUCUCGGCCGAACGAAUCAGAACGUUAUUUUUGGAAAGCGAUCGAUUUGUUCAUGCAAGGAAUCAAGGAAUGAGUGAAGAAAACGUUAUGAAUAGGAUUCAAGUUUUUAAAUGUUUUGAUGUUUAUUCUAUGAUGGAAUUUAUAGAUGAUGUGAGAGAUCAUUUAGAAAACAAGUUAAUGAUCAUAGAUUCUCUCACGGCGAUAUUUGCACCACUUUUAGGAGUCUCACAAACUCAAGGACACUCAUUAAUGGUAACGUUAGCACGAAUACUUCGUAAUUUGGCGAAAGAGUAUAAUAUAGCGGUUAUGGUCAUAAACGCGGCCAUCGUAUCGAGACCAAAUAAUCCCAUCUCUGUAUUCUCUUCAACAAAAUCAAAACCUAGUUUAGGUAUAUCUUGGACAUUUAUGCCUAAUAUUCAAUUAUAUUUUACUCAUUGUAUAGACGUUGAAGUCUCAUUGAAGCCAAGGAUAUGUGAAGUACUUAGAUCGAGGAACGGGGUGUGUAUUAUUUUUGAAUAA